GUCGGCCACAGGACCUGACACAGCAGAAUGGACGAGUCCCCUGCGCCUCUGCAGCAGGGCAGAGGGCCAGUGCUGGUCCGACGGCAGCGCCCAGCACCCCAGGGUCUGCGUGAGAUGCUGAAGGCCAGGCUGUGGCGGAGCUGUUCGUGCAGCGUGCUGUGCGCCCGGGCGCUGGUGCAGGACCUGCUCCCCGCCACGCGCUGGCUGUGUCAGUACCGCCCGCGGGAGUACCUGGCAGGCGACGUCAUGUCUGGGCUGGUCAUCGGCAUCAUCCUGGUGCCGCAGGCCAUCGCCUACUCAUUGCUGGCCGGGCUGCAGCCCAUCUACAGCCUGUAUACGUCCUUCUUCGCCAACCUCAUCUACUUCCUCAUGGGCACCUCACGGCACGUCUCCGUGGGCAUCUUCAGCCUGCUUUGCCUCAUGGUGGGGCAGGUGGUGGACCGGGAGCUCCAGCUGGCCGGCUUUGACCCCUCCCAGGACGGCCUGCAGCCAGGGGCCAACAGCAGCAUCCUCAACAGCUCGGCUGCCAUGCUGGACUGCGGGCGUGACUGCUACGCCAUCCGCGUCGCCACUGCCCUCACGCUGAUGACCGGGCUUUACCAGGUCCUCAUGGGCGUCCUCCGGCUGGGCUUCGUGUCCGCCUACCUCUCACAGCCACUGCUCGACGGCUUUGCUAUGGGGGCCUCCGUGACCAUCCUGACCUCGCAGCUCAAACACCUGCUGGGCGUGCGGAUCCCGCGGCACCAGGGGCCCGGCAUGGUGGUCCUCACAUGGCUAAGCCUGCUGCGCAGCGCCGGGCAGGCCAACGUGUGCGACGUGGUCACUAGCACGGUGUGCCUGGCGGUGCUGCUAGCCGCGAAGGAGCUCUCAGACCGCUACCGACACCGCCUGAGGGUGCCGCUGCCCACGGAGCUGCUGGUCAUCGUGGUGGCCACACUCGUGUCCCACUUCGGGCAGCUCCACAAGCGCUUCGGCUCGAGUGUUGCUGGCGACAUCCCCACGGGUUUCAUGCCCCCUCAGGUCCCAGAGCCCAGGCUGAUGCAGCGUGUGGCCUUGGAUGCCGUGGCCCUGGCCCUCGUGGGUGCGGCCUUCUCCGUCUCGCUGGCAGAGAUGUUCGCCCACAGUCACGGCUACUCUGUGCGUGCCAACCAGGAGCUGCUGGCUGUGGGCUGCUGCAACGUGCUACCCGCCUUCCUCCACUGCUUCGCCACCAGCGCCGCCCUGGCCAAGAGCCUGGUGAAGACAGCCACUGGCUGCCGGACACAGCUGUCCAGCGUGGUCAGCGCCACCGUGGUGCUGCUGGUGCUGCUGGCGCUGGCACCGCUGUUCCACGACCUACAGCGAAGCGUGCUGGCCUGCGUCAUCGUGGUCAGCCUGCGGGGGGCCCUGCGCAAGGUGUGGGACCUCCCGCGGCUGUGGCGGAUGAGCCCGGCCGACGCGCUGGUCUGGGCGGGCACCGCGGCCACCUGUAUGCUGGUCAGCACAGAGGCCGGGCUGCUGGCUGGCGUCAUCCUCUCGCUGUUCAGCCUGGCCGGCCGCACCCAACGCCCACACACCGCCCUGCUGGCCCGCAUCGGGGACUCGGCCUUCUACGAGGAUGCCACAGAGUUCGAGGGCCUCGUCCCCGAGCCCGGCGUGCGGGUGUUCCGUUUUGGGGGGCCGCUGUACUAUGCCAACAAGGACUUCUUCCUGCGAUCACUUUACAGCCUCACGGGACUGGACGCAGGGUGUGUGGCUGCCAGGAGGAAGGAGGAGGGCUCAGAGAGGGGGGUCAGUGAGGGAGGCCCUGCCCAGGGCGAGGUCCUGGGCCCGGUUAGCAGCAGGGCUGCGCUGGUGCCCGCGGCGGCCGGCUUCCACACAGUGGUCAUCGACUGCGCGCCGCUGCUGUUCCUGGACGCAGCUGGUGUGACCACGCUGCAGGACCUGCGCCGAGACUACAGGGCCCUGGGCAUCAGCCUACUGCUAGCCUGCUGCAACCCCCCUGUGAGAGACGUUCUGAGCAGAGGAGGCUUCCUCGGGGAGGGCCCCAGGGACAUGGCUGAGGAGGAGCAGCUGUUCCUCAGUGUGCACGACGCCGUGCAGACGGCACGAGCCCGCCACAGGGAGCUGGAGGCCACUGAUGCCCAUCUGUAGCAGGGCCAGGCCUGCCCAGCAGCCUCUGCUCCCUCUUGGGGGCCCACGGCAGACGUCUGCAAGCCACUGCUGGGACCCUUCCCAGGCGGGAGCCGCCCAAGAGCUAGCUGCACUCUUGUGCCACAGCUGCCCUGGGGAAACCAGGGAAGCCCAACUGGGAAAGGAGGCCCUCUGAUCACACGCAGGACCCAAACACUAAGAAAUCAAGAAGCUCUGCCUCCGAGACAGGCUGGCCCACAGGGCUGGCUGGGCCCCGAUGCGCCGUCCCUCGGCUCAGAAGGGAUGGGCCUGGCCUGACGUUCGGGGUUGACGUCUUAUUUGAACAAGGGUCCCCCGCCAUCAUGCAGCCUCCAAGGUGCCAAGAGGACUCCCUAUGCUCAGGCCUGCCCGGUGCCCACCCUGCUGGUAGGAGCCAGCGGCUCCGGCCAAAUGCAUGAGGGUCUCUGUGUUUCCAGAAGGCCCCACACACCCAAGUGCCCCUCACACCUCGUGCCUCCCCCUCGCAGGGUGGCCACCUGCACCAGCGUCAGGGCCCAGGGUGCUGUGACCAAUAAGACCUCAGCUCAGCCCUCAGGUGCAGUGGCCCAGCCCAGCCCGGCCAGCAAACACACACAGGGAUGCUCAUGGGCGCACGAGGAGCCAGGUGCGGCGCAGCCAACCCUGAGCCUCCAGGGAGACCUGCAGGAAGCUCACCGUGCCCCAUGCAGGGGCUCCCCCCUGCACACAGCCCUCACCCCAACACAGCCAGCAAGGACACACUCUCCCCAACAGGGUGCUUCGGCGGAAAGUGGGGGAACAAGGGGUCUUCCGAGCAGCCUCCAGCCCUGCCCCUCCCAUCUGUGCCUCUGUAAGGGGCUCUGGGACGCCCAGGCCCUGCCCGUCGCCCACCUG